UGAAGCUUGACGCCAACCAAUCCCUGUCGGCUCCACUCUCAACGCUAAACCAUUUUCAUAUGAGCUGGGUCAACCUCAGCCUCGACUUUCCUAUUGUGGUCCUAUUGAACCCACCACGACAAUAGAAGCGCUUCCUAUUGAGAAUAUCACCACAAUGUAUCGCCUAUCUUCAGAGGAUAAUUUCUUACUUGGCUCGCUGAAAUAUUACUCGUAACAGACCGUUAUUUAUUCAUUGCUACUUGCACUUCUCGCACUUCUCGAACACUCACACUCGAAACAAUCACUUUUUGACUUCGAACCACCAAUAUACUAAGGCACACUGCCUCUUCUUUUACACCCGAACCAACAUAUACCGAACCCAAUACGAACCAUGGCUUCCAAGGAAGAGGAAAAUAGUGCCCAUCGGGACCCGUUCAGCCUCCAGAGAAUGUGUGAGAGGGCAGCUAUCAGAAAUAUUAAAGAUAUAUACGAUGUUGGCGGCAUGUCAUACAAAACCGUCAAACCAAUCCUUGCCAGAAUAAAAAUCCCAGAGCAGCUCCGUCAAAUCGAGCUUGCCUCUCCCCAAAUCAUCGGCGAAACAGUCGAACUCUGGGAGCGAUUCAUCCAGCGCGAUGUCGAGAACUGGCGUGAGAAAAACUACCGCCCCAGCAAUCCUGCAGACUGGCCAGCCGUCUACAGGAAGUACAUGGAUGAACAGAAGGCCAAAAUCGACUACGAUAAAGAGAAGCUCCGCCAGGCAUUGGCCGGCAUCAAGAAAGAACAGACCAACAACCUCAGCAAGAAGGUCGAAGCUCGAUACAUGCCAAAAAUACCAAGAGACUCGCGUAUGCGUGCAAAUGAUGGCGGAGUCCCGAUUGUCGGUCGCGGCGGCAGAUCUGGGAACCGUAUUGGUGUUCCCGGUCGUCGCCUUCCGUCGGUGUCCGCAAUCGGAUAUGCAGCGACAGGAGUCAAGAAGAGAGUCAACAUCGUCGAGAAGGCCAGACGCGAGGCCGCUAUGGCUAUUGCAGCCCGUCGACAGGGUCAAGCCCAUGUCCCUGACUUUCGGAGCCAAAUCAGGAAGGCUCCAGCUGGGAUGGUGAACGAGUAUCGCAAGGCUGCUGAGGUUGAAAAGAAGAAGCUCAGCCCGCGCAAUUCCCCAGUCGCUACUGGUAUCCCCGUCCCAAACGCAGCCAUGAAAGACCGCGAGGCACGACUUCGAGCUAUCAAAGCGUCUGGUGCGAGGAAGCCACCAGUUCAAGAGCAAGUGCCUUACCUUGCACCUGCGCAAGUCCUCGACUUCAACACUCCGUCCGAGGACACCCACGCAAGCUCUGCAAACGAUGACGAUGACAUCGAGAAGCUCUUUGGCGAAUACCAUGAGCGCCAGCUCAGCGCGACAGCUAAGCGCAAGCUACACGGAAACGAUUACGCCGACCCAUUCACCUACCGCCCUUCCCCAGUCAAACCACCGACUAAACGCACAACCGAUAUCCCGCCAGAGGAAUGGGAAGCCCGAUUGCAAGGGAGAAAGAGCGCCAGUCCGCCUGCGCGCUCCAGACAGUCAUCCCCGAGUGGAGUCACGGAGCAGCCGAAGAAUGCGAGUCCGAUGAAGGGUCCACCAAAGAAGAUUUUCAGGCGCCCACCUACGGAUCCGUUCAUGACGCCGAAGAGACCUCGCCGUGCUUAGUCUGUCUGUCUUGUCGUGUUUUGUUUUGCAUUGUCUAGGGCGUUUGGGAGAUUGGUAUCAGGAUAGGGGUAUAUACACAUGUGGAAGCAUUUGCAAGCAUAAAUCACGGAGGAGUAUGGGGGUGGGGUAUGGGUAUAUAUGCAUGUGAAAGCACUGGCACGUAUAAAGGAGUUCAAUUACUAGGGCGAUAGAUACCAUACAUACGAUGCAUGUUAAUAUGAAAGUUGAUGAACUAU